AUGCCGCUCUCUCUCACCUUCAUUGACUUAAAGAAGGCCUUCGACUCAAUUGAGACGGAAGCGGUCGUGGAAGCCUUGGACAACCAAGGUGUCCCUACUCAGUAUAUAAAGGUACUUCGAGAGUUGUACGGUAACUUCACGACCGGAAUUUCGCCAUUCUACAAGGACAUCAUCAUUGACGUGAAGAGGGGGGUCCGACAGAGUGAUACAAUUUCACCCAAAAUAUUCACAGCCACCCUCGAGAACACAGUGCGAAAGUUGGAAUGGGACGACAUGGAAGUGAAGGUUGAUGGUCGGCAGCUACACCAUUUGCGCUUUGCUGAUGACAUCCUACUGAUAACACCUAGCAUCAGCCAAGCGGAACGAAUGCUGACCGAAUUCGACGAAACAUGUGGAUGCAUCGGCCUUCAGCUGGAUCUACAAAGACGAUGUCUCAGACGGACGGAAUGCAUCAGCUACGUUUAUCUGGGUCGGGAAUUGAACAUGAUGAGCGACCUGACCCCCGAGCUGGACAGGAGGAGACGAGUGGCUUCGGGAGCGUAUAAGAGCAUCGAGGAUGUAGUGAAGAAGACCAGGAACACCCGGCUCCGUGCUCACAUCUUCAACACCACCGUACUUCCUGCUUUGACCUAUGCUUCGGAAACCUGGGCAUUUCGCAAGCAGGAAGAAAACAAGGUGACCGUCAUUGAACGCGCAAUUUGCGAGAGUGAUGCUAGGAGUAUCCCUUUUCACGCAAGUGAGGGACGGGAUUCGAAGUUCUCUCCUACGUCAGCGAUCGAAGAUUAG